ACAACAGUCCUCGCCACGAUGACUCUGAGCCGGGAGCAAUGCUUUCUUGGUAGGAUUACAUUUUUGGCAUUAGUGUUUCGUAGUAAAAUCUGAGGACAAAACUCAUCUCCAUUUUCUCAGUUUUCAGAGUUCAACACCACAAAAAUUCUGGAAGAUGCAUAAACAAUAUAAAUGUGUGAGCCCUACCGAUGACGUCAGUGUGAAGACUGAAAAUGGACCUCAACGUAAGAAAUAUCGCUACGUACGUAAAGAGGGCAACUGUGACAUUGUGUUCCGCCAUGUUCCCGAGGAGUGGCUGCUGUUUGUGACAGAUAUCUUCACCACCUUGGUUGAGAUCAGAUGGAGGGUGAUGUUCCUGAUCUUUGCCCUCUCUUACAUCCUGUCUUGGCUCUUCUUCGGCAUCCUCUUCUGGGUCAUCGCUCUCGCUCACGGUGACAUCAAAGAUGAGACAACCAACCCCUGUGUGUACGAAGUCCGCAGCUUCACAGCUGCUUUCCUCUUCUCGCUCGAAACUCAGACCACCAUCGGCUAUGGCUUCAGAGGAAUGUCCGAGAACUGCAUGAUUGCCAUCAUCAUCGUCACUAUACAAGAUGUUAUCAGCUGCUUCAUCGACACCUUUGUCAUUGGAAUUGUUGUCGCCAAAAUGGCCUCAGCCAGAAAAAGAGCACAGACCGUGGGCUUCAGCAACUGUGCUGUCAUUAAUCUUCGCGAUGGUUACCUGUGUCUUUCCUGGAGAGUCGGGGACUUCCGCAGACACCACCUGGUGGAGGGGACGGCUUGUGCUCAGAUAGUCCGCUCCACGAUGCAUGCCACAGGGAAAGUGGACAUAACCUAUGAAGACCUGGUCAUCCAACAGAGGGACAUCACACUGGUCACACCCACCACCAUCUUCCAUAGGAUUGAGCCAGGUAGUCCACUGUACAAGAUGAGUUUGAUAGAUCUGCGUAAAGCAGACUUUGAGCUGGUGGUUUCGUUUACCUACACAGACGACUCCACAGGUAUGCUGCAUCAGACCCGUACUUCAUACACUCCAGCGGAAAUCCUCUGGGGUCAGCUCUUCCAGGAGAUGAUCAGGGUCGGCAGGAGGCACUACAGGGUGGAUUACAACCUGUUCAAUCACACUGCUAAGGUGCUGGUGCCUGAGGUCAGCGCUGAGGAGUAUGAACACAAGAAGCAGCUGCGGCCCUCUCCUCGCCAUUCCCCACGGCAUUCACCCAGAUCUUCCCCACGGCCCUCGCCCAGAUCUUCCCCACGGCCCUCACCCAGAUCUUCCCCACGGCCCUCUCCAAGGUCACAACAGCAGAAUCAUCAAGAAAACCUUUUGAAACCUCCGACGGUAACAGUGGAACUUGUGAGCGACAGCCACCCUGAACCAACUGAUUCAACAUCUCAAGAAGAGAGUCAACAUCAAGACACUUUGACUCUGCCACAUGACCUCACAAGUACAGAAGUAUAAAGCAGAACCAUGAUAUUUGCAGUGGCCAUUCUGAAAUACAUUGUGCUAAUUUUCCAUUUUUUCAAAGAAACCAUUGUUAUGCAAUAAAAAAAUCCAGAACAGUUAGUAAAUAGAUCUUAUGUUGAGAUUUUUGUCAACUGUUUUUAUAUUCUUUAUAAUGUGUGAAAAGAAAAUAUGAGCAGGCCAAAACUUAAGAGUGUGUAUGUUACUUAUUUAAAAAGGUCAGAUGUUUUAAUGUAAAGUUUAAAGUCAAAUCUCUGUUCAUAGUAAAUAACCAGAAGUCAUAGAGGUGAUGACAGUAAUGUCCCUCAUGAGUGAAGUCAUCAAAGUUUAUAUGAAACACAUGGAAAAUGUUAAGCUUACUUCAUGUUUGUGGUGGUGGAAUCACAUUUAUUUAGUACCAGGAAGUCAAGAUCUUCAAAAACCAGUUCAAAUAUUUUACAUCCUGAUCUGCUGCAACAGACCAACCAAAUGUGUUUCUAAUUUUGUUGUUAUAGUAUCAUUAAGCAGAUUUUAUAAGAUUAAAACAAUAUUGCUUAUAAGACAAUACCAGUGUCAGUAAAGUGAUGUUCUGGUUUGCGUUUUCACUUCCUGUAAUAAUCAUGAUCGACAUCAGACAUCUGUCUGAGAUGGAUCAUGGUUCUUGUCUGAGAACAAAAGCUCUGAUGGGGAAGGUCACUUUGAUGUCAAGUAACCAGACAGACAAAAGUAAGCAGACGCUGCUUUGUAACAUGCUGCUCUGCUGCUCUCUGUGUAAUCCUAUUACAAACAUGUAUUCUUUUUAUCAUAUAUCCACAAUAGAUCAGGUCAAAGCUCAUGAUGUUAUUCAGGCACGAGAUCAUGACAGUGUUGAUUUAAUGUGAUUUUUAUCUGUCCAUCAAUUAACUCGGCAGCUGGAGUUUGAAGUUCACUCGGCUCCUGACCCUGUUACAGACUGCAGCCGGUCCCCCUGACACAAACCUCAUAAUGCUGUUUUCAGCGGGGGUGGGGAUUGUCAUACCAAACACACCAUGAACACACUGUGACCUUGUGUUGUCACUGCACAAGUGGUUAUCCAUAGUACAGCAUGGAGAGGUGAAGAUGCUUACGUUAAUGAUGUGCCUUCACCUGCAGCUCAAUAUGUAACAGUAUACCCACCCCUUUUCCAAGCUGUUAAACAUGGGGGUGGAAAUGUUCUGCUUUGGGAUUGUGUGGCAGCCAGUGGGACAGGAAACUCUGCACAGACAGAGGGAAGAAUGGAUUCCACUAGAUAUAAGCAAAUUGUGGAGGCAAGUCAGUCAAGAAAGUGAAACUUUAAAGUGGCUGGCUUCUACAACAGGAUAAUGAUCCAAAGCAAACCUUAAAAUCCACCAUGAACCACUUCAAGAACCAAAGCUGAAGCCUUUGGAACAGCCCCCUUCACCCCACCCCCUGACCUGAACAUCACUGAAAGUCUGUGGGUUGAUCUGAAUCCUACUGGUUCUGCAGAACAGACUAAACAUAACUCCGAACAUGAAGUGAUCUGAAGGGUGUGUGAAAGUUAAGCAAGCAAGAAUAGAAAGACUCUUAGCCACAACAAAAGCUGUGAUAUCUACCAAAGGCAACAAGGCCUCCAACCUAAACGACGGUAUAAGUCAUUUGUUUCUACCCUUGGAUACAACCCAUAGGAGUGUACUAGUAGCAGACGUACUGGGCCUUUGUUGUCAUGGUCACAAGAAUAAACGCAGUUAAGAUUGUGGAACAGCUAUGGAUAAAAGAAACAAUCACCCCCCGUCCCCCCAACCCACCCCACCCUUUCCUACAGUGUAGGAAAACCUACGGUGGCCUCCAGGUAAUGUAACCGUAAAAAUGAAAAAGGCCUUCUCUAGAGCCAGUGCUUGGUUUGUGCGUCCUGGGCUACUGUUGAAACAUGGAGGUGCAACAUGGCGGGCUUUGGGGAAGAGGCCAGUCUCCCUAUUUAGAUAUGAAAGUCUCAUUCUAAGCUAAUCAAAAAACAAUGAUUCUUAGUUUCAGGUGAUUAUACACUAAUGAAAACAUCAUUAUGAACAGCAUACAGUAGAUCUCUCUAAAACUUACACACUGGUGCUUUAACACAGCUCCACCACAGCUACAGGAAAAGAGAGGUUAACCAUCAUAUGGCUGAUGCACGAUGGUUAACAUGUCGAGCCGUCACAAUUUAGAGUGAGGAAACUUUUUUAGGUUUCCUGCAGUCUGCCUGGCAACCAAGCAGGACUGCAGCAAUGCAUGUCAGCGUGGUGGUCCCCACAACAUGAUUAAUGCAGGCUCUACCAGGCCUGUGGAAAAACUACUAAACUGUCCACAGAGCUGUUUAAGUUUACUAGCUGUUUAAGUUUAUUAGUUUUUUGGGGCAGAAAAGAAAGGAAGAUGUUUUUAUGGUAUAGGAGCCCAACAGUUUCCAUGUCAGCUAAUAGGCUACUAAAUGCAUCAGUUGACCCACUAGCCUGUCUCAUUUUCAGCAUCUAGUUAUUAAUUUUCCAGGAAGGCCAAGAGGUCUGACCCCAAAGAGUCGGAACAUUUCUUAAGUCCAUGUGAUAGUGGAAAGACCAGCCUCCUAAACAACCCAGUACCCUGAAAAAUAUCACAAACCUUCAGUGUAUCAGUGUAUGUAUAAAUAUAUUUCACCCCGAUGCCUUCAUGCUGGCACUGACCAACUUUUGGCCACAGCAGCUUUUAAACAAAGCCUGACUUCACAUUUGGACUUUCUGUUUGUCUGGGACUGGAGCAAAGCUUGUUUUUGGAUGAACAGUCUCUUCCAGCAAAAGCUCCCAGUACACCCAUGUUUGGGUUUACCAGGUCUGUCUGACCUCUCCUGCCUCCUGAUCCAACACAAUAAUGAUGUAUUAAUAAAUAGUUCACAGCUCAGCCCAUAACUGCCUUCCAUCCAAACUCUGGUUCAAGGUGUUGUAGUGGUAUAAAUACUGCAAACCCUUUUUGUGUUCAAAAGCAGUAUUCAAGAUGGACAAUCCUGCAGUCCUAGUUACAUUUUACAUAUUUAAAAAGGAAACCGUUUUUGUUUUUUAGUUUUCAAACUGAUUCAAACACUGAACAGGUUUCAAUGAAAUUUAGUGGAAAGUUUGGCUAAUUUCCUGAAUACAGAUGUUGAUGUUUUCACACUAGCACAAUAGAGCAUCUUUGCUACGUUUUCAUGAACUACUGCAACUAACUGAAUAAAAAAAAAUGAAUAAAGUUUGAGUAAGUUUUCACCCCUUCCACUCACUCAUGCAACCAGCUUCCAAAACUGAGCAUAAGGAAAACAAAAUGGGGACCCAGUCAUGAAUGAAGCUCCAUAGCUCUAUUAUAGUUCAAAACUCCACAGAAUACCUUUAAUAAAGAAGAUUUCAGUUGCUUAAACUUAACCAAACCUUAACCACAAAGAAACCAGACCAGACAAUCCUCUAAAGAAUAGCUAGAUAGACUUUACUGAGUUAGACAAGAAGACUGAUACCACCCUCGUUUUUGUCUGUUGCAUAUGAAGCUAGCAGAUGAUUAGCUUGGCUUAGGACAAACAGUAGAAAUCGGGGGAAACAGCUACACUUGAUCUGUCCAGCGGUAACAAAAUCUGCCUACCAGCACCUCCACAGAUCACUGAUUAACGCGUUCAAUUGUGUUAAAAUGACAAUUUACCAUUUUAUGGUCUGUGACUUCCCAGUCUCCACUGUCAAUGUCAAAUUAUUGCUUUAUGGGUCGGUGGUGAAGUCCACCUAAACAGUUCUGUCAGAUAUAGAGGGGAAUUAUGAUGCACUGAUUUAAAUCCUCAAACCAGUUAAGCUUCUGCAAAGCCCUCAUGGGUCUUUUUGGAAAACAAUGACAAACAACAGAUCUGGUCAUUUAGGUUGGACGACUUGACCUAAACAGACAGUGGUGGCAAGUGACUUGGUAGAUUUGCCCAGGUGUUAUACUUUAGUACAACUUUGAGGUACUUAUACUCUAUACUGUGCUACUUCAUUAAUUCAGUGGGAAAAGUUGAUCUUUUUACUCCACUGUACUUGAUGUAUUUGAUGAAUAAUACAGAGUAUGAUCAACAUAUAAAGUCCAAUGUGUUAUUAUAAGUUAAGACUUUAUUGAUCAUUGCGGUAAAUUCAGAAGCUACACAGCAGGAUUUAAAGUAACAGCCCUACAUUUACCAGAUGCAAUGUUAAAGUGCUGUAUACAUGAAUGCAUCAAUAAUUAUAAUAAUAAUAUUUCAGUUGAAAGUUGGAAUGCAAGAUUUUACUUGUAACAGAGUAUUUCUACACUGUGAUAUUGUACUUCUUCCACUACUGAAAAUUAAA